AUGGCUAUCUUCUCACCCAUUCUCAAUUGCUUCAUGCCGUUGUCAAACUCACAGGUCUCAGAUGAUGUAGGAGGGCCUAACGGUGGUGCAAAAGCUCCUUCUUCAAAGGAAUCCAAGAAAAGCAAAUCAAAAUCAUCUUCGUCUUCAUCGAGAGCUCCCAUUAUAGUUUCUUACUUCCCCCAUAAUUCCUAUCGCUCUCGCUUGUGA